GCAUAAGGUAGCGAGACAAGCGUUAGUCGAGACCAAAUAUGAUUGUGGUUUGUUGUGGAUCGUACAGAACAUGAGGUGGAGAAGUCGUCAUUACAGCAUCGUGCAUAGCUAUCUCUUCUUUUUCUUUCUUGGAGUAAGCACUAAAGAGUUAUAUAGGAGGAUAGUAUGCGAAAAUGAAGAUUUACAUCUAGAAUGUGCUCCUAGAAGCUUCCUAGCUAUACACAACGCUUCCUUUACUACUGAUGUAUUCAGUGAAAAUAUUACCUGCAUGGACUUUAAUCUAUCCGAUAAUAUAUGUACAGAAGACAUCAGAAUCCAGAUUAAUAGAAGGUGUUCGGGAUUGAACGAGUGCACGUACAAUUUCGUCGAAGAUAUGAAAGAUAGAAAAUGCAAAGCUCAAGGGGCAAUGGUUAUACUUUAUGAUUGCGUCAGAGAAUCGUGGUUACACAGGUAUUGCAACACGCAUAUAACGGCCACCGAGGGAUACAUCAUGUCUCCCGGUUAUCCCUUAUAUUACCCUCAGUUGUCCGCCUGCAAUUGGAAUGUAGAAGGUGGAGAGGGACAAACUGUAUUAGUUUCGGUUCUCCACUUAUCCAUGUCGUUGCCCAGUCAAUACUACGGGCGUUAUGUCUGUCACGAUUCUUCUAUUUCGAUAAUGGAAGGAAGCAACAAACUGUUUACUGGAUGCGGAGAAUCUCUUGAAACGUUGAAGGCUAUCGAAUCCGAAACGAACGAGAUUUCCAUGCAGCUAUUUUCGUCUUCGUUUACUCCCGCUAGUGGAUUUUUGUUUUACUUCAAAUUACAAGGAUGUGCUACUUUACCUGCCCCACUUAACGGUCACUUGGUAUAUCGAAACGGAAGUGUGGCUAUCUAUAAUUGUUGUAGGGGUUAUCUCUUCAAUGAUACAUUAGAGUCCAGUCGUACUCUGCAAUGCACAGAACAAAAUCGUUGGAACAGUAGCCUGCCAGCUUGUCUGUCUUUAGAAGAAUUGGGAGAAACUCAUAAUCUUACAGAUUUUUCAGAAAAUCUUUUACUGCCUACAAAUACAACAGAGAAUGAAGCUUUGGUGGAACCAGUAGUAUCUAGUGAUACAUUUCUAGAAGAUAUCAUAAUUCCAACAGUUAUAUUAGUAGCUCUAUUAGUAGGAAAUGCUGUUAUAUUGUAUAUAAUCCUUCACAUUCGACGGAGACAAAAACAAAAGCAAGCAUCUGAAGAAGGAGAAGCUCUAAAUACAACUCACAUCACUACAUCAACUGCUGCACAAGGGACUAAUGUGUAAAAUAUAAUGUAAAUAUCACUGAUAAGAACUUAUAAAGAACACAAAACUAUGAAUGGAUAGUCAUAUAAUAAUGAUACAAUUGAUAUUUAAGACCAGAUGUGAAAUAAUUUAAACUAAAUUAAAACUGUAUGUUGUGAUGAUCCAUGUAAAAUGUUUUGUGUUGUGUUAAAAUGAGAGAUUGAUAGCAUGUUCAAGCCUCAUAAAUUGCCUUUAACAAAUUGCCAAAUACAUAAAUGAUAUCUUUGUUUUAUAUAUGUUGCUAAAUCACUCGUUUUAUAUUGAAUUUUUUUUAAAUUUUGUAUUUGAUGAUUACCUCAGUCUUUCAGCUUCCCAAAUGUCAUUCAUUAAGAGAGAUUAAUUGCAGUUUAUCAGUUAUGGUACAUAAAAAGAUUUAUAUUACAUUGAUACAAUGCACUCAACUGUUUAAGAGAAAUAUAUUUCUACAUUUCUGUGUUCUUAAAUAAGUUCAUAUCUAUAUUAAAUUCAAAUAAUAACUAUAACUGCAUACAAAAUUACAGUAUUAAUGUAAAUAUUGAUAAUCUUUCAAAUAAAUAAAUAAAUAAAUAUAUAUAUAUUUUAAUGUGAGUCAAAAUGGAACACUAUAUUGAAUACCUCAUUAUAUUUAAACACAGCAAGAAAGGCCCUUAUGCAAAUUUUAAUAUGUAUUUUGAUUUGAGUGCAUUAUUUAAUUUCUGCAUGUUGGGCUAAAUUGCUUAUGUAUAAUUCAUAUCACUUUUAUAUAUUACAUAUAAAAGUGUAUAUAAUAAUAAUGAUUAUUAUUAUUAUAAUACACACUUGAAUAUAAGAUGAAUAGAAAUGUAGUAAUAUAUGGUCUAAAUUAUGAACUAAAACAGUAAUUAAUCUACCUUUGUUAAUUUUAUUUAAAUACUAUGCAAUUUAAUAUCAUAAUAUUUUAUUAAUUAUACUUGCUUUGUUCUCAAAUAUUUAAUUUUAGAAUUUUUAAUCAAAUAUUUAAAAUUUUUUAAAAAUAAAGUUGAAAAUUCUGAAAUUUUAAUAAGUUUUCUAAAGUUGAAAAUUAAGAUAUCCAAAGAUGUCUUAAUCCAUAAUAUAUAUUGUUCAGAUAUACAUUAUAUAUAGGAUAAAUAAACUUUUAAACAUCAAACAGCUUCUAAAGAAAUUCAAAUACAAGAAUAUUAGCAGUAUGCCUAUGUAGUAAACCAUUAUGAUAUACAAUAUCUGAUAAGGUUACAAUAAUUUAAUAAAAUUUUGCAGUGUAAUACUAAGAUUAAGUUAUACUGAAAUUUUGCUUUUAGAUUUAUGAAGAAAGGUUACAAGACUUUCUAUAACACUCACCAAAUAAACCAUUACCAGUUCAUAACCAAACAAAAAAAUUCUUUCUAC